AUGGAAGGGCGUGCCCAUCCGGGAAGGCUGGUGGUGGCUGUGGCCAUCCUGACCGUGCUGUCCUUUCCGGGGCAGCACGCGGGGACUGUGAGUGGCGCACCGCUAACCAGCGACCUGCGGGAAGCGAUCGUCGACGACGAAUCAUUGGAUCCGGUCCGUUGGAAGGACGCCAUCGGAGAGGACGUGUACCGGGCAAAGCGGGCAAAGUUGCGGCUCGAGAUGUGGUCGGCCACCAAUGCCAUCAUGGAGCUGUUGGCGAAGCUGAAGAGCGCUCGCCAGGACAUCAUCGCUACAACCACGACGACGACGACGACGACGGCGCCGCCGCCGACGACGACGACGACCGCGAAGUCUUACGUGAGGGUACCGAAGGAGCGGAUCGCGCGCCACAAUGGCGACGACGACGCGGACGUGCCACAGUUCAACCCGGACGGGACGAUCAUGCUGCAGCUGCCCGGGAAGCUGUUCGGCAACGCGACCAACUUCGUCCUGAGUGCGGCCAAGCUGUUCGGUGACUUCAUUACGAACUCGGCUAUCCGGACCGCCCGGUUCGUGCAGCUCUUCCAACCGAUUGCCGGGCGCCAUUUGUUCGUUCAAAUUCCUACCCCACCGAGUCACUACAACGAACGAUGA